AUGGACAACAUCACGCACAACUCCAGCAGCAGCAGCUCAUGGGAUCUGGACAUGAGCCUCGGCAGCCACCACCACCCUCUCCUCUUUGACAGCCACCCCACCUCGGAUCCACCUCCGCCGCCGCCGCCAUUACCCUUCCACGUCCCCUCCUCUCACCACCACCCUCCUCUCCGUCCUCCUCAUCACUAUCACCAACAUCAUCCCAGCUUAGAACCUUCUCCUUCUUCCUCCCUCUUCCCGCCUCACCACCGCCUCCACGCUUUUGGCCUUGACGUCGAUCCCUCUUCUCAUCACCGGCAUCAUGAGUACGACGGCGGCGGCCACGAGCAGCACGAACACCAUCACGACCAGGAGGAGAUGAGGCAGGAGGCGGCUGGGGGACAGGAGGAGCGCGGUGUCGGCGCCGAGGACGUCGAGGAGGAGCUCGGCGCCAUGAAGGAGAUGAUGUACCGGAUCGCCGCCAUGCAGCCAGUCGACAUCGACCCGGCCACCAUCAAGAAGCCGCGCCGCCGCAACGUCCGCAUCAGCGAGGACCCCCAGAGCGUCGCCGCCCGCCACCGUCGCGAGCGGAUCAGCGAGCGCAUCCGCAUCAUGCAGCGCCUCGUCCCUGGGGGCACCAAAAUGGACACCGCGUCCAUGCUCGACGAGGCCAUCCGCUACAUCAAGUUCCUCAAGCGCCAGGUCCAGGAUCUCCAGCACCAGCCGCCCCAGCAGUUCCCCACCGGGGCGGCCGGUCCCGGUGGAGCUCCAGCUGGCCCCAGCACCUCGGUCGUCGGCCAGCCAGGGCGACCAGGCGGGCCAUUCUUCCCACCGGGCCCCGGGCCGUUCAUCGAUUGGGCCGGGCUCGUUAGGCCCGUGGAUAUCCACGGGCCAACAUCUUCGUCGUCCUCGUCGUCGAUGGGCGGCGCACAUGCUGCCCUAGGUUUCGGGUUCAGCAGCGCCGGCCAAAGCAGCCAUGGAAUGCGCUGA